AUGGCGGAAAAAACAAAAACGCUGCAGAAAUGUAAAAAUAAAAAGGUAUGUUGGACAGUCGAGGAGGAAGAGCUUUUGGUGGAGUUAUGGCCAAACUAUGAAUGCCUUUAUAAGACAAACAGUCCAGAGUUCAAGAGAGUGGACAAACGGCAGUCUGCCCGCGAAGACAUAAGAAGAAAACUUGAAACAGAACUGGAAAGCUCGUUCACUGGUAAAAAAACACAUUUAAUUUAACUUUUAAUUUGAUAACCAAACAGUGUAUAAUUUAUAAUUAAUAUAAAUUUAUAUUUAGCUACUUCAAAGAAAUGGCUAUAUAAAUGCUUAUAGUUUUCUAGACAAUGUAUUUCAUCAAACCUUAACCAUAAAUCAUGCCAUGAACGUCGGUCUGUUUUCCAGUUUUUGCUUGUUUGGCAAACAACUUGUUGCAAAAUCACCAGUGAUUUAAUUCUUAUCUUUUAACUUUUAUACUAAAACCAUUUUUUGUUCCUUCCUUUUCCAUUCAAGAUGCAGAUAUUAAAGCUAAGAUUAGGAACUUGCGAACGCAGUACGGCAAAGAGAUGGGAAAAGUGAGAGCUUCCGUAGCGAGUGGUGCAGGGACAAGCAGUGUUUACGAGCCAUCAUGGCGAUUUUAUAACUCAUUGCAUUUUCUGCGAGACAGUAUCACACCGGUGAAAACGAAGCCAACGUCAGGCGUCCCAGAAGUCAGACUAAGGGGUCGUUCAGACUGGGUGCCCGGCACUAGUGCCCGGGCACCGGGCACGGUAAAACAGGAUGUUCAGACUGGUUCCCAAAGCCUAGUAUAA